AACCCGAGGGAGGGUUUUACUAGGGCGGCAUGUCUCGUCUUCUAUGUUAGUGGGAGUCGUAAACCCUAAUCGAAAAGCAGUGCAUUUUUUGUUUCUCUGAUCUAAGAAAUGGCAUUUUCCUCAGCUUUUCGCGGUAUAUUGGGAGGACGUUUGAUGCCUUCAUCUAUCUUUCAAUCUCAAUUUGCUUCGCUUCGGUUCUGUUCAACCCUUACUACCUCAAAGCUCUUCAUCAGUGGCCUUUCAAGAUACACUUCAGAUGAAGGCCUUAAGAACGCAUUUGAGCAAUUUGGGAAACUUGUUGAGGCAAAAGUCAUUACAGAUAGAGCCACCGGGAGAUCAAAGGGGUUUGGAUUUGUUACUUAUGAAACAAUUGAAGAAGCUCAAAAAGCUCGAGAAGGAAUGAAUGCAAAGUUCUUGGACGGUUGGGUAAUUUUUGUUGACCCUGCCAAGCCGAAGGAGGUUAGACCUCCACCUCAGCCAGAGUCAGACUCGACUUCAUUUGGUAUCAGGAGCAACAAGACUAUUGGUUGGUCUGGUUGACUGGCUGGGGAUUGGAGUUUGCACUAACAUCCUUGAGAAAUGCUUCAUCAUUGGGUGUGAUUGGGCAAAGGAUUAGUUAAGCAAUUCAUAUGGGGUUAUGGAUGGAAUACUUGUGUGUAGUUUUUGAAUUAUUAAUUAUACAUUUAUAUUGUUGAUUAGAUUUGAGAAGUGGCCUUAUGGUGGAAAAGUGGAAUGCACUUGAGAGGACUGAUACAGGCAAACAAUUAAUAUUAGAAAAGGUUUUUUUUUUUGGUCUCAUAUUCUACUCUGUACUCUGUAGUAUCUUUCAAAAUUAGUUUUUUUACUAAAAAAUAUUUCAAUUCUAAA